CACGGUGGGGCUGUCGCUUUACAGAACAACAAAACCUGGUUAAAGCCGCAAAUUACACGAAUAUAAUACCCAACUGUUUACCAGUUUGUGGAGCUGAGGAAACAGGGAAGAAAAAGCUCAAGUCGAGUAAUGUCUUGGCACUGGAAUAGCCAUGGAUUACCAUUUUUACCAGGAUACACUUUUCGGGAUGUGACGAAGUCAGCCUUCCAUCGGCCCCAGACACUGGGCUACAAUAACGGCUAUGCUCUGCCCCGUCGCCCCAUUGCUGGCAUUGGACAGGAUCCUCUUUUGUCAGAGCAGCUGAUCCAGCAGGAGAUGAGUGAGCUGGCCUUUGAGACACCAGACAUUACUUAUGGCUCCUCUGAUGAGAGCCUGUCUGAAGACUUCAUCCCAGCACAUGUGGCCCUUGACAAGAAGGUGUUGCGCUUCUAUGCAUACUUUGAGGAGGACAUCCUGUAUUCCCCUGAGGAGGUGUACCGCGUGCGCCCCGUGGUCAUUUACUACUACCUAGAGGAUGACAGCAUGUACAUCUACGAGCCUGUGGUGGAGAAUUCUGGGAUACCGCAGGGAAAACGUAUCAAACGGCAGCGUCUGCCCAAGAAUGAACAUGGAGAGCAUUACCAGUGGAAAGACCUCAACCUUGGCAUGGACCUGGAGAUGUUUGGAGUCAAGUACCGUAUCACGCAGUGUGAUGCUUUUACAAAGGAAUUCAUGGAACGCGAGGGCAUGGUUUUGAACGACCCUGAGCCGAUGCCAGUGGAUCCUUACAGCAAACGUCGCAAAAUCCCUCAACCUUACUACAAAACACCCUCUGAAUUUGACCGCAUGCACCAGUUUCUCACUAUGGACCGCAAGGUACUGCGUUUCUUCGCCCUAUGGGAUGAUACUGACUCUGUGUGUGGGGCAACUAAGCCAGUUACCAUCCACUAUUACCUGGUGGACGACACAGUGGAGAUCAGAGAGAUCCACGAACCCAACAGCGGUCGGGAUCCCUUCCCUGUCCUGAUGCGCAGGCAGAAACUGCCCAAGAUAUUCAAACCACAGCCCUUCCCCAGCUGUGUGCUGGAGGUCUCAAAACAUGAAGUGGAUGAGUACUACUCACCCAAAGACUUCCAGGUGGGUCACACGAUGAAGCUGCGGGGCCGUCGCUUUUUGCUGUAUGACUGUGAUCGCUUCACUAAGGAGUAUUUCCAGAAGAACCACCCUGACAUGGAGAUAAAACCUACUGACGUACCAAAGAAGGUUGACAUGCUUCAGAACAGGAAGAAGGAGUUUCCACCCUACAAUGGCUUUGGUUCACUUGAAGAUUCUCUCCAGAAUUGUUUGUCACUGAUUCCUGAGCCUCCCAAAAAGAAUGUGCUGAAGAUGCUGGAGAAUGACCACAAAGUGUUGCGCUACAGUGCCAGGCUGGACUCCCAGAAUCCCAAAGACGAAGGCCGGCAUUUCAUUCUGUCCUACUUCCUGUCCAAUGACAUGGUCAGUAUUUUUGAAAAGUCCACUCGCAACUCUGGUAUCAUUGGUGGCAAGUUCCUGGAGAAGACGCGUAUCCCCAAGCCGGGUUCCACAGUGCAAAAUCCUGAGUUCUACUCACCUGCAGACUUUGCUAUUGGAGCCAACAUUGAGGUUUUCAGCCACCGCUUCGUGUUGACCAAUGCUGACCACUAUGUGCUUACAUACCUGGAGGCCAACUCCAGCCAGAUCCCUUCUCAGACACUGGAUUCUUUGCGUCAGAAGCUGAGUGUGGGGACAGCAAAUAACCAGCCGGGUGAACAAUAUGGUGAUGAAGUACCAGAGCCAUCUUCAUGAUGCCAGAGAAGGCUAGAUUACCUCAAGUGUUGUUUUCUGCUCAAUAAAUUUGUUUAUAAGAGUAUGAAUCAAAGCCUGCAGAAUACACAAAUAUAUACUGGACAUACCAUCUACUGAAAUAUGACAACUUAUGCAAAUAUAUAAAAUACAUUUCCUUUUUGCUGUUGGUGUGGUAAACUUUUAAGUACCCUUUUUAUUUUGGGUAUAUACAAAGGGGUCUCCAAGGCCUACCCUUAAAAUGUUGAUUGGC